AUGCCUCCUCGACUCAACCUUUUUGCCGCCCACAGGGCUGCCACUGCCCUCCGCCAGUCGACCGUGUCCUCUAUUGCACCCCGCACCGCUGCUUUAUCUCUCAGAUUCCGUGCUGAGCAGUCCGCUCCUGUCCAGAAAAGAUGGAACUCGUCCAACAAUGGUUCGAAGAACAUUCAACCCGAUGAACAGAAAUUCCCUACACAGGACCCACUGCCUUCAGUUACCGAAGAGGCCGCUGAGACUUCGAGAAUCAUGGAGAAAGAGAAGAGCUGUGACGGAACGCCCUCAAGCCCAGAGUUGGAGCAAGGAACUCCCGUGGAGCAGAUCCUCUCCCGCGAUGAGCAGGCCCGGAAACACAUGCCCAAGGUCAUGCAGGACCAAUUUAAGAAACCCCGUGGCUCUCGUUCAUUUUCAACCUCCGCUCGCACCCUCUCGCCGGAGACGCAAGGCUUUGAAUCCAGCAAUGACGCCUCGGUUGCUAUGCUUGCCAGCAUGAUCGAUCAGGUCAACAGUCAGGCCGCAGAGCGGAUUCCUGGCUUGAUCUUUGAGAAGCCUGAGGCCCCGACUAAGACACACAAUUUCCGGAAACGCUACGAUUCGAUGCAGGAUCAAUUCACCAAGAUGCUGAUGCAGGAUGGUAAAUUGGCACGAGCACAGAAGAACAUGUCAAUUAUUCUUGACCACCUCCGCACCGCACCUCCUCCUAACAUCAACCCCCGCCACCCCCUACUUAGUGGUCCUCCUAGCUCUCAGCUCCCUCUUGACCCUGUCCUUUACCUCACCUUGAUUGUCGACUCGGUUGCACCUCUCUUCCGCAUUCGCCUAAUGAAGGGUAUUGCUGGUGGUGGUGCAGCCUUGCAGAUGCCACACCCGCUGACUCUGCGCCAACGUCGCCGCGCCGCAAUCAAGUGGAUUAUUGAUGCGUCAGCCAAGCGACGGGAUGCUCAGCUGGCCCACCGUGUCGCCAAUGAGCUGGUCGCUGUUGCAGAGGGCCGCAGUGGCGUGUGGGAACGCAGAGACGGACAGCACAAGAUUGGUAUUGCGGGUCGUGCAAACCUGGGCAUUGGACCUCGCCGCCGCCUGACCACCAGUGCAACCCACGCAAGCGGACCCCCAGCUGACCAGCACCUCGAUUUGCCUGGCGCCCCGCUAUACCUCCCCAUCUCAUUCAAGCGGGUCCCUCUCACUGCGCAAUUGCCCUUACCCGAGAAUAUUUACAUACCCACUGCGACAGUGGCUUCCUCCGCGAGUCGCGAAUCUUUCGAGCUCGCCGAUUAUAACGUCACUCGUCAGUCUGGAGACCGAGUCCAGGAUUCCGCAUCCGCUCUCCAUCGAUCAACCGAGCCCACCUCGCCGCCAUUUGAGCCCACUACCAGCGCACGGCCGUCAGCGGGGCUUGGGAUUGGGCAGGACUUUGCGUGGGAAAAGUCACCUUCGUCUGCAAAGCGCCCUAAGGGUAUCCGUUCCACCCCACUAAGGUUCUGGUCGGAGGCCCUCCGACGCCGGGCACAAAAAGCGAGUCGGAGCAACACUGCUCUCAAUCCUGAGGCUGCAGACAAGAUGAAGUUCUCGCAUAGCAUUCAGUUCAAUGCGGUGCCUGACUGGAGCUCUCAUUACAUUGCAUACAGCAAUCUCAAGAAACUAAUCUAUACACUCGAAAAACAAGUCAACCGUUCUGAUGCCCCAGGUGGUCCGGAUGUCGAAUCUGCACCCUUACUGGGCGCUCAGAUUACCAACCCGGAUGGAAUCUUCAAGCGUGCCCUGGAUGCGGAGCUGGAAAAGAUCUAUACUUUUUUUGAGCAAAAGCAGGUGGAGAUCUUUCAACUCACCGAUCAAUUAAUGCGGGAUGCCAUCGUCUACCUGAAUGACACAGACGGGGUUAACAUGGAUCCUGUCAGUGAGACUGUCAUCAAGGCUACUUCUCGUCGUGAUAGAAGCAGUUUCUCUCGCAACGGCCCCGGUCAAAGGCGUCGCUCCAGCGCUAUCAGCGAUGAAGAUGGGGACAGCGAUGAUGCACAGUCUGCCUCAUUGGGGAAUUUGCGACACAGACCGCAGUCGACAGAUGGGGAGUCUACGACAGAUGCACAACCGGGUGACAUGGCGGAUUCUGCAUUUUUCGGACAGGCCAGCAGUCGGGGACUUCCUGGCUCAGAAUUAGGCGACCAAGCUUUUCUUGAUCUCUACAAUAAUGGGGUAGCGCUGAAGAAACGGCUCGUCGAGGCCUAUGUUUCCCUCUGUGAGCUCCGGUCCUUUAUCGAGUUGAACAAGACCGGAUUCUCCAAGGCUCUGAAAAAAUACGAUAAGACCUUGUUCCGCAAUAUGCGCCGAGAGUAUCUGAACUCCGUCGUCUCUCAAGCAUUGCCAUUCACUGAAGAGACGAUGGCAACUGUAGACGCUUAUAUCGACAAAAUUGAAGGUGUGUACGCCGAGAUAGUCACCAGAGGCAAUCGUUCUCUAGCCAGUCGCGAGCUGCGUCUGCAUCUACGUGAACAGUUGGUGUGGGAGCGAAACACUGUAUGGCGUGAGAUGAUUGCCAUUGAACGUCGUGGCCAGGCCCUCAAUGUCGGUAUCCGUCAAACCCUGCUUGGAACUGAUGAAGAUCCUGAAACUGCGCGGCGGCAAGGUGAUAAGCAAGAGAUUCUCACAACAGAGGUUUCAACCCCACUUGGGCGGAUUCAAUUCCCUUUGUGGUUCUGCAGCUUGAGUUUUGGAACACUAGUUCUGAGCUUUGCUGUCUUUGGCGCCCUGCUUUCUUUGCGGAUCAUGGAUACGCCUGAGCAACAGAAUUGUCUAGCGAUGCUAGUACUCGUUAGCAUUUUGUGGUCUACCGAGGCCAUUCCUCUCUUUGUUACAUCUUUGUUGAUUCCCUUUUUGGUUGUGAUCCUUGGCAUCAUGCGAUCUGAUGACAAGCCCCACAAGCGAUUGGGGCCUAAGGAGGCAACCAGCGUAGUCUUUGGGGCGAUGUGGACCCCGGUGAUCAUGCUUCUUCUGGGUGGAUUUACCAUUGCUGCAGCGCUAUCCAAAUAUGACAUUGCUCGACGCAUGGCCAUGUUUGUGCUCAGCAAGGCCGGGUCGAAACCUCAUGUCGUCCUAUUGACCAACAUGUUCGUGAGUAUGUUUUUGAGUAUGUGGAUCAGUAACGUUGCAUCCCCCGUGCUCUGUUACUCUAUAAUUCAACCUCUUCUGCGUAACCUGCCACCAGAGUCGAACUUCGCCAAAUCUCUCGUACUAGGCAUUGCCUUGGCAGCAAAUGUCGGCGGAGCGGCCUCACCAAUUGCAUCUCCGCAGAAUAUCAUCGCCUUGCAGAACAUGUACCCUAGCAUCAGCUGGGGUACCUGGUUCUUCAUCUCGCUACCCGUGUGCAUAAUCUCCAUUCUGUUGAUCUGGGGCCUACUGUUGGUGACGUUCCAUCCUGGUCGCAACCAGAAUAUCGUACCCAUGCGCCCUGUGAAGGACCGUUUCACCGGUAUUCAGUACUUCAUCAGUGCAGUGACCCUUGGAACCAUUGGACUCUGGUGCGUAAGCCACCAGCUCGAGCACAUCUUUGGCGAUAUGGGUGUCAUCGCGAUCAUUCCCCUUGUGCUUUUCUUCGGUACCGGUAUUCUCAACAAAGAAGACUUCAACAAUUUCCUCUGGACCAUCAUCAUCCUCGCAGCAGGAGGUCUUUGCCUGGGCAAGGCGGUUACAUCGUCCGGUCUAUUGCACACAAUCGCCUCUGGUAUCACGGCUCGUGUCGAGCAUCUCAGCCUGUAUAGUGUCCUCCUCGUAUUCUGCGCUCUCAUAUUGGUCAUCGCCACAUUCAUCUCGCAUACCGUUGCCGCAUUGAUCAUUUUGCCCCUCGUUCGCCAGAUCGGCGUUAGCAUGGAGGAUCCCCACCCGAACUUGCUUGUCAUGGCGAGUGCUCUGAUGUGCUCUGUCGCGAUGGGAUUGCCCACGAGCGGGUUCCCCAACAUGACUGCGAUCAUGACCGAAGUCCCUCAAACGGGCCAGCGGUAUCUCCAUGUCCGCCACUUCCUCUCCCGUGGUAUUCCAUCCAGUCUAAUGUCCUUUGUGGUCAUCGUGACCAUCGGCUAUGGAUUGAUGGUGAUUGCUGGGCUGUAAAGUG